CCCCUCGUCAUCUCCUCUAGACCCAUUCGUCAUGGCAGACGAACGCUCUCCCCAUCCCGCGGAAGAAAGACUCGCAUCGUACUUCGACAAGAGCGCAGAGAUCGUGCGAGGGUAUGCUGGGCGGUUUGAGGACAGUUAUGAGCACGUCAAGCCGGCGAUGGACGUAUGGAACGAGAGCUAUAGGAAGUAUCCGGUUAUAACGCUCUUCGUCACGCUCUUUGGAUCCCUCAGCCUCUUGCCAGUGCUCUCAUUUCUGGGGAUUACGGUGUUCACCAUCGCUACUCUCGCUUUCGUAGCAGUCUGCUCUGUCGGUGCUGCCUCCAUUGCUUCAGUCUUCUUAUUCGCCUUUGUGCUUCUCUCCCUUCUCUCCGGCUUGUUCCUCUUCUCUAUCCUGGCGACGAUAUUCGGUGUGGUUGGCUACCUCACAUUCCGGCUGGCCACUCUGAUCCGCGCUGACGGCCGCGCCGGCGUGCUCGAAUGGGCCGAAGAAACCAAAGGCCAUAUUGCACGCGGACGUCAGCUUCGCGCGAGAGAGGCUAGUCCAGCCAAAGACCAAAACCAAGCCGAAGACAGCGAGGGCUCGGAGAUGUCUCACGUCGUCGUCAAGCACGACCCCGAUGCCGACGAAAAGAGGAUUGAUUAGGGAGUGCUAUGCCCUCCUAUUCUGGUGCCUCCUCAUUGUUCGCAGCCUGGGCUAUGUUCUCUUCUAUUGUCAUUUUAUCCUCGUUCUCGAAUGUUAACGGACGCGGUGUACAGUAUACUUGUACUCAAUAACACUUCUGGCAUUUAAUGCAUUCUCAUUCCCGCAUUGACACACUUCAGGUACAAAACUAUAUCGCCGAGUGCUUCUCAGUACCUUGCACAUGCAUCGAAAACGUUGUGGUCGUCAAAGUACGGGGUAAUAAUCCG